UGCCGCUAUAAAAGCCGCGGAGCCGGUCGCGCGCUGCGCUACGAACUAGCACUAAACCAGUUGCGUGCGGGGGGGCUCGUGAGUGUGAUAGCGGGCACCAUGGUGAAGGAGACGGGAUACUACGACAUCCUGCAGGUGAAGCCCGGCGCCUCCUCGGAGGAGAUCAAGCGCGCGUACCGCAAGCUGGCGCUGAAGUAUCACCCCGACAAGAACCCCAGCGAGGGCGAGCGGUUUAAGCUCAUAUCCCAGGCUUAUGAAGUUCUGUCGGACCCAAAGAAAAGGGACAUCUAUGACCAGGGUGGGGAACAGGCUAUUAAAGAAGGAGGCUUGGGUGGCAGCAACUUCUCUUCACCCAUGGACAUCUUUGACAUGUUCUUUGGUGGUGGAGGCCGAAUGAAUAGAGAGAGAAGAGGCAAGAAUGUUGUGCAUCAAUUGAGUGUCUCUCUUGAAGACUUGUAUAAUGGAGUUACAAGGAAGUUGGCACUACAAAAGAAUGUAAUCUGUGAGAAGUGUAAAGGAUAUGGUGGAAAGAAAGGAGCAAUAGAAAAAUGCCCCAUGUGCAAAGGAAGAGGAAUGCAGGUUCUUGUUCAGCAGAUUGGACCUGGCAUGGUACAGCAAAUUCAAACUAUGUGCUCAGAAUGCAAAGGCCAAGGUGAACGAAUAAACCCAAAGGACAGAUGUGACAACUGCAAUGGAUGUAAAGUUGUCAGAGAGAAAAAGAUCAUAGAAGUUCACAUUGAUAAAGGUAUGAAAGAUGGGCAAAAGUUGGUAUUUCAUGGAGAAGGGGAUCAGGAACCUGACCUGGAACCUGGUGAUGUUAUAAUUGUACUGGAUCAGAAGGAUCAUAGUGUCUUUCAGAGGCGAGGACAUGAUUUAAUUAUGAAAAUGAAAAUUCACCUCACUGAGUCUUUAUGUGGCUUCAAACGGACCAUUGAAACUCUGGAUAAUAGAGUCCUUAUUAUAACUUCUAGACCAGGUGAAGUGAUAAAGCAUGGUGAUCUAAAAUGUAUCCUUAAUGAAGGGAUGCCUAUCUACAAGUCUCCACUGGACAAAGGUUAUUUAAUUAUACAGUUUAUGGUCAUGUUUCCAGAGCAUCAGUGGCUUCCCAGGGAGAAACUGCCUAUAUUGGAAGCUUUGCUUCCUCCACGAGAAGAAGUCAUGAUUACAGAGGACAUGGAUCAGGUAGAACUUACAGAGUUUGAUCCAAAAGAGCAAACUUGCCGUAAUAGUAGAGAAGUAUAUGAAGAAGAUGAAGGCCCCAGAACAGGAGUGCAAUGCCAGACCUCUUAAAAUGACAUGGAAUGGAUGAGUCAUCUGGAAUGUAAAUUUUCACAAUGAAAACUGCAUGGCUUUAAUAGCCACUACCUCUUUUUUUGUCUUCAGCAAAUUGAGUUGCUGUGUUGCCCAUAUGUUUGUAACCAAUUCAUAUUUAAGUAUUCGUAGUCUUUAUAUGUAACUUAGCAUUUCCUAGUUAUGCAGCUGAGAAAAUUGACUGUGCAUAUCUAAGUUGUUAUAAAGGUCCACAGCUUUAGUGAAGUACCACUCAAGAAGCAGAGUGACUUCAACAGUACUAUUUAUGUAAGACUCUUGCAGUACCAGCUUAGUGUCUUAUGUAAACAUUUUUUCAUAUGGUAAAGUUAGUUUGUUUCCUACAAUAAAAACCAUCUUCGGUCCAAGCAGAAAUCUAUCUGAAAAGUACAAUCUUAUGCUCCUUUCAUCAUUAAGCCUGUUAUAAGAGUCUAUAAAUGUUUGUUCCGUAUGCCAGCCCAGAACCAAAUGUUGAGCUGAGGCUGUCUUUGUCCAGCAGCCAAUCUCAGAACUAAAUCUCUCCCUCUGUUGCUGUGCAGUUCAGGCUAGGGCUUUAAGGUUUAGUUUAAAUAAGCCAUUAGACUGUUUAGUAUAAUACUAUUUUUCUACCGCCUCAGGAAUUUCCAGAAGUAUAAUGGAUUCUGGGCAAACAUACUGCUACACAAAACAAGCUUUUCAUUAAUCAUUUACUUGCACACCAGCUUGGUCUGCCUGUCUUACCACCUACCAUAAGUAUGGUUGAGUAGCAAAAACUCAAAUAAGAUAAGGCAUACUAUGCCUUAAAGUUAGUCUACUAGGAAAAGCUUUUUACUAAUAUAAUUCCUUGUGAUGAAUACACUUAGUCUAGUAAGUGAUGUCAGUUUAGCUGAAACACUUUACAAAAUGAUGAGCUAAAUUGGAAAAAAGACUACUUCCACCAGAAUAAGUACCCACAGGAGGCAUUAUAGCCAGAACUCAGCUUUCUCUUUUCCACAAACCAAGUACAAGACCCUACUUCCUCCACUCUCCUGCCUCAAACAGUGAGUCAAGGCCCUGAGACAUCCCCCAAUCCCUUCUGUAAUUCACAGUACCUUUAGAGGGAGUGGAGAAAUUAGGUUUAUCUGUUACUUGCCCUAACAGGCCAAGGGAACUUAGGUGCUGUAUUUUCAAUAGGUACCUAUUUUUUUUUCUCCCCAUACUGUCAAAUUUACUCUUCCACCUUAAGAUCUGUUCUCUUCCUUUAGUCUGUAGAGUAACUAUAGUAGCCUGCCUGGCAUAGUGAUCUCUUUAGAUUUUAUUCCAGCACCAAGUUAAAAUAAUUAACUGUAAAAUGUUAGUGUUACUGUGCCAGCCUCAGGUGGAUGAUGUUUCCCUAUCCUGUGUUUUAGGUCCUUCCUUAGCUCAGUGACACUCUCAAAGCUAGGACUGUUUCCGAUUACAGCAGCCUAUCGUGAAGUAGUAGUUAGUUUUCUGAAGGGGGAAUCAUAUCAAACAAAUCCCUAUUCAGAAUCCCUUGGUUCUAAAAGCCCAGACUGUAUUCAGAUUAAAUGCACAGGGGCUAUCAGCACUUGUCAGUUAUAUUUCUGAGUAGUAGAGACUGUUCAUACUCACUGUAACUACAAUCCAUUAGCAGUUUGUAGCUACAUGAGAGCUCUAUUGUCUAAAUCAGUGUAGGAUUUACGGGCUACUGCUGAAUGGAAAAGUGGAUGCUUCCUGUAGCUGAGCUUUUCAAAUUUCAUUGAAAUCAGUAGUAAAUUAACAGCAAUGUGCAGGGCCUCAUACAUAAUUUUACAAGCACAGAAUGACAGCAGUCAGGUUUAAGUUCAAAGUAGCUAGCUGUUUUUAUUAAUGCAGCUGAUAGGGCUUGUUGUGUUUUUAGUAGUAUACAGCUCGGUCCAAGGGUAUUUGUAUAGAGAAUUAGCAAGACCUGAGGUGGCACUAGAGGUUACCAUACAGCUGCUGUUUACAUAAAAGCAUGUGGCCAGUGAUGAGCUGCCAAAAUUUUAACAAACUGUUCCCUAUAAAAAGUUCUGAUUUAAGGGAUGUUCCACAGUAUGUAUUUGUUGUACCAAUAGGGUUACCAUACAUACAUAUUUUCCUGGGAGGCGAUUUAAGACCCAAAAAGCCUGACAUGUCUGGGAAAAUAUGGAUGUAUGUUAACUCUACCUAAAGUUCUUUUUUAAAAAGAUGGGCCUGAUCUAGAACUGAGCUCUAUUUCACAUGUGUGGGUCCCUAUCAUUCCCUGGGGGUGUGCUAGGGUGACCAGAUGUCCUGAUUUUGGGGUCUUUUUCUUAUAUAGGCUCCUAUUACCCCCCCACCCCUUGUCCUGAUUUUUCACACUUGCUGUGUGGUCACCCUAGGGUCUGCACAUGUGCAGGUCCCAGCUGCUCCCUGCCCCCCUCAUUGAAGCAGGUGUUUAGGGUUACUGCCCUGGGAACUGCAGGGCACCAGUGGACAUGGGGCCAGCUGCAGACAGGGGCCUGGGGCAGGGCUACCUCAAGGCAAGGGGUGUGGGGCUGGCUGCGGGCAGGGGAGUGUGGCAGGGGCUGGCUGGCUUGGGGUAGGGGGGGUUGGCAGGGCUGGAGACAGAGGAGUGCGGGGCUGGCUGGCUUCAGGCAGGGCCACAGGGGUUGGCUGCAGACAGAGGAGUGUGGGGCUGGUUUUGGGCAAAGGGGUUCAGCAGGGGCUGGCAGCCUGCAGGUAGGGUGGCAUACACUCAUGGGGAGAGCAGCUCAGAGCAGCCCAAGCAGCAGGACAAUUCCAGUAGAGCAGCCAGGGACCCACCAGGCAGCAGCGGGAGCCCCAGGGCCAGAGGUCCAAGGAGCAGCAACAGGGCCAGGCGGCAACCCACAUGGCUCCCGCAGCACAGCGCUCCCUGGGGGCCAGAGCCCAUCAAAGCUGCAGCACCCCCCACCGCAGGGAAGCCAGUUAACAAGCAGUUCUAAAACCGCUUCAAAAUUUAACAACCGGUUCGUGUAAACCGGCUCCAGCUCACCACUACAUAUGGCCGUAUGCCAGUGUGGUAUAAAAAGGCAACCCCUUGUACACAAUUUGAUUUAGUUUCUGUAUAACCCCCUACUCCGUUCUAUUUACCUGCCUUUUCCAUGAAAGGAAUUCCUAGCUUCAGACAAGACAAGAGCUGAUCUUACAUAAGAAUUCCACCUGCAGAAUAAAGACUUGAACCUUCAGCUCUUGCUUGCAUUAGGACAAGUGGGCAAACAACAGCCCAUCGGCCAGAUGCAGCCUGCCAGCUGUCUUAAGCUAGCACUCAAGCUCCCAUUGGGAAGUGGGGUCUCAGACUUGCCCUGCUCCAGCACUUGAGCAGGGUGGGGGCCAUUCCACAUGGCUGCCAGAAGCAGCUGCAUGGACCUGCUCCAGGGUACAGGGCCAGGGUCUGCACCAUGCAGCUCCCGGAAGCAGCCACAUGGCUCCACUCUAGCACUCCAGCUAGGGAGCAGGGUCAGGGCCACUC